AUGGUAUACUACUUUACAUCAAACGUGGUCUCCCCCUCCGCGUUUAUAUACGUCGGAAAGGACAAGUUCGAGAACGAGGACCUAAUCAGUUACGGGUUGGACGAGGAUGUUUGUGCCCACGUCUACGUACGCCUACGCGAAGGAGAAACAUGGGACAACAUCGAAGGUCCACUUUUAGAAGACUGCGCGCAGCUCACAAAGGCCAAUUCCAUUGAGGGAAACAAAAAAGACAAUAUCACAAUCAUCUACACGCCAUGGUCGAAUCUCAAAAAGGACGGCUCCAUGGCAACAGGCCAAGUCUCCUUUCACAACCAGAAACUCGUCCGCAAGAUCCUAGUCCGUGAGCGCGAGAACGCGAUCGUCAACCGACUAAACAAAACCCGAGUCGAGAAAUUCCCCGACCUUCGUUCCGAGAAGGAAGAGGCGGCGAAGAAGAAGCGCAAUAGCGAGCGCAAGUCGCGCGAUCAGAGGAUGGAGAGGGAGAAACUUGAGAAGAGGGAGCGGGAACAGAUCAAGUGGCAGAAGGCUCAUGCUUAUGAUGAUAUGUUUAGUGAUGAGGCUAUGAUGAAUAGCAGUAACCAGGAUCGUGGGGAGGAUUUCGAGGAUGAUUUUAUGUGA